UUAAUGCGCUAAUAUGUAAAGUUUCUGGCGUAUGUACUCAUCCUUUUCUAAGUUUUUUUGUGUAAUAUAUAAAGUUUCAUAGAACAACAAAACAAGUCUUCAAAGGGUUGUAAUCUGUACUUUGUCUACUAGAUUUUGUUAUAUAUAAAAGAGUUUACACAUUUUGGAGCCUCUGAAAGCGGAAGUAGUGUAUAGCAUGUUAUACUUGCACCAAGUACAACAAUGUCACUACCAUCUAAAGUUAACAAGGAAAACUUUCGCCUGUUGGACCUCUCAAGCGACGAGGAGUCCGAAGACUUGCAGCUAGAAAUAAUUCCGAGCAGGAAAAAGAAAAUCACAAGACGGGAACGCAGCAGAAGUACCCACAAGACACCAGAGCCCAACAUAGGAGCUGAGGUGCGAUGCGCACUCCGCUGGGCUCUCCGUGGCACACUAUUGCUCUGGCUGCUCAUACUGACGUGGAUCUGUGCCGCACUCUACGACCAAGUGUCUACUAUGAGAGCUGCUGUUGACCAUGUAUCAACAACCAGCGGCGCCGUCGGCGACGCUCUCCAAGUGUGCCACACAGCGUCCAGAGAGCUCCGAGGAAACGCGAGCAUACUCAGCGCGCGACUCGAUAAGUUAGCUAUAGAACAUGCAGAACUCGUGAAGCGAGUGGAGCAGACGGCCAGCGAGCUCGCGGCGGUGUCUGGUCAGCUAGCCGCCGCGCCCAAACUCGCCGACACUCCGCGCAGGAUCGCCGAGUUGCAGCAGACAGUCGGCUCGUUCGGAUCACAGAUCACGGGUUUCGACGAGACGCUAGCCUCGACGCGAAAGCAAGCGUUAGCUGCGUCCGCGGGCGUAGAAGAGGUGAAGAAGCUAGUCCAAGCGCUGGACGCACGAAGCAACGAAACCAUAGCCAACGUCACCGCCAACGGGAGGAGGGAGGACGAGAUCAAGCAGGAGGUAGCCACGCUCAACGCCACGCUGGCGGGACGCGUGGACGCGUUAGAGAAUAAGAUACAACUGUACACUAAAACGACGAGCACGGCGGCACCGACCACCACCAGCACGUCGACUACCACUACUACCACCACAGCUGCCCCGCCAGGUCCCGUCAAACCGAAUGUCCUAGGCGUCGGGCAAUGAGGGACCAAUUCACUUCUGAACUCAAAACUAGAGUAAAGUAUUACACGAAGCGUAAAGAGAUUGCUCAUAAUGAUCUCAAGGGAUCUUACGUCCAGAAAAUAUACUGUAGGCGUUCAGAGACGUGGUAACGGAAACCCUCCUGUAAGU